AUGCUGUUUUCUUCUUUUAAUAAAUUCAAUUCAUAUCUACGAUCAUCUGAAACUAAUCGUCCUAUUGAAAUGUCAGAAGCAGAGGAAAGAAUAGAAGUCCAGGAUUCAAAGCUCCCAGUUGAUAACUCCAUCAAUAGAAAACUCAAGGAUAUUGCUGCAGGGUUUGUUGGUGGUGCAACUCAGGUGUUAAUUGGGCAGCCAUUUGAUUUGAUAAAAAUUAAAUUACAAACCACCGAUGCAAGCUCAUCAGUACAAGUAAUUAAAAAUGUUAUCAAAAAUGAGGGAAUAUUGGCAUUUUAUAAAGGUACAUUACCCCCAUUAUUUGGUGUGGGGGUUUGUGUGUCACUUCAAUUUUAUGGAUUCCAUGAAACAAAAAGACAAAUACUACAAUAUACUGGACAACCAAGCUUGAACUUAUGGCCACAAACAUAUAUAGCUGGUGCAAUGGCAGGUGUGGUUAAUACUCCAGUGACAUCCCCAGUAGAACAAUUGCGUAUUUUGAGUCAAUCAUCAGACAAACCUGUGUCCUUGCGUGAAACUGUAGCCAAGAUCUACAAAGAACAAGGUGUUGUUCAUGGAAUAUAUAGAGGGUUUGGUAUAACAUUACUUCGAGAAAUUCAAGCAUAUGGGGUUUGGUUUAUGACGUAUGAAACCUUGAUUCAAAAAAUAAUUGACUUGCAACAUUACAAGAGCCGUGAUCAGAUCAGUACACCAGAAUUGUUAGCCAGCGGUGCCCUUGCAGGUAAUGCAUUAUGGCUUCUGUCGUAUCCCUUGGAUGUUAUCAAAACCAACGUUCAAAGUGAUGGGUUUGGCAAGGAUAGUAAGUUUAAUGGCAGUGCCUUAAAAGCAACCAAGUACAUAUUUUCGCAUCACGGACUUACAGGUUUCUGGAGAGGUAUUGUUCCAUGUUUGUUGAGAGCAGUACCGUGUAGUGCUGGUACUUUUGCUAGUGUCGAGUUGGCUUUGCGUUUAAUGGGUUAA